UGGUGCCUCUGCCAGCUGCUCUCCCCCUCCCCUGCCUGCUCUGCUCCGGACGCGACCAGCUGUCUCCACUUACCCUCAUCACCACCAUGGCCUCUUAAGGAGUUCCUGGACCUCCACUCGACGCCAGUUCGUUUUCCUCCCACGGAAUACUCUACUCUGGAUCUCACCUGGUCGCUGUCCCCUGGUUCCACGCUGUCCCUCGUCUGGAAUCCUGCUGCUGCUCUCCUCCAGCCAGCUGCUGCGCCCCUGUUGGAAAGAAGCCUAAGACUCACCUUUCUAUAUAAAGACUUCUUAACUCACCUUAUUGUCCUAGUCUCCUUCUGGGUUACAGCAUCUGGGUCACUCUGAACUUUUGACAAACCAUGACAGAACGAACUGGCCAAACUCCUGACCCAGCUGACCCGGAAGGGCUCCAACAUGCCUUAUCCAUACAAGAAAAUCUUCUUACUCAUCAAGCGGAGGCCAUCACUCUCUUGUCCUCGGCUCAGUGGGAUCUUUUUCGUCGCUUCGACAGCAUCACGCAAUUCCUCAGUGCAUCUACUAGCCAACAUGCUAAUUCCGCAGCCGCUGCUCAAGAUCCCGAUUCCGUCAACAAAGCCACUUCCGUUUCCGCCGACAUCCCAGAAAAUGCCCGCCUUCAGCCGGAACCUUCCUACGGCAAUGUUGAUGCCUUUGGAGGGUUCCUACUACAGUGCCAACUCAUUUUCCAGCAGGCUCCAAGGUAUUACCAUUCCGACCACAGCAAAAUCUCAUUGAUUGUUAACUCUCUCCGCAGUAAGGCGCUACAAUGGGCCCAAGCUUUUCUAGCCUCGCAUCCUAUCGCUCAUCUCCCAUACGACAGUUUCAUUGGAGAAUUCCGGCUCGUCUUCGAUCAGCCCCGAAAGCAGGAAGAAGCAGUCCGGCGGUUACUAAGUCUCAAACAAGGUAACCGCCCGCCAGAGGCGGACUCUUUUGAAGACCUGGUCACCGCAGCCCUAAGGUCAGACGACAGGUUACGGGAACGAUCGGUCACUCAAAACUAUCCCCCGAGGAACGUGAUAAACGACGGGACGAGGGCUUAUGUUUCUAUUGUGGCCAAGCCGGUCAUAUGCCGAAAUGUUAAGCCUGAUGCUUUGUCCCGCAAAUACUCCUCCUCUGAUUCCUCCUCUGACUCAUCCAUUCUCCCCAUGUCCUGUUUCGUUGGAAGUCUCACCUGGGAGAUCGAGAGCAAAGUCCAGCAAGCUCAAGGUCAGAAGUCAUUGCCUGGGGACACACGUCCCGCAUCGCCUGCCACGGGGGAGUUUACAGGACCAUCCGCCUCCUAA